CUCACUCUUCCUUUCCCUAUCACAAAUAACAGAUCACAUUAGCUUACUCUAUAUCUAAUCAACCUCCUCAACAGUUGGACCUUGAGUCUCCUCAGUGGAUGGGGCGCCACCGGCACCUGGGAAUCCACCUGGAGCACCGCCUGGCACACCGCCCUCAGCAUACAAGUCUUUCAGAACCUCGUUACCGACUUGCUCCAACUCCUUUCUCUUGUCGUCGUACUCCUCAGCAGUAGCGGUCUGGUUCUCGUCCAACCAAGCAAUGGUGUCAUCGCAAGCCUUGGUCAAAGCCUCUCUCUUGGAAGCUUCCACCUUCUCUUCAAAUUGCUUCUCGGAAGUGGUUUGCUUCAAUGAGUAAGCGUAGGACUCAAGACCAUUCUUAGCUGCAAUUCUCUUAGCUUCCUUCUCGUCCUCCUCCUUGUACUUCUCGGCCUCAGAGACCAUUCUCUCGAUCUCCUCUUGCGACAAUCUACCCUUGUCGUUGGUGAUGGUGAUCUUCUGAGACUUUCCGGUACCCUUUUCAACAGCGGACACAUUCAAAAUUCCGUUGGCGUCGAUAUCGAAAGUAACCUCAAUUUGAGGAACACCUCUUGGAGCUGGUGGAAUACCAGAGAGCUCGAACUUACCAAGCAAGUUGUUGUCCUUUGUUCUGGCUCUCUCACCCUCGUAAACUUGAAUCAACACACCUGGUUGGUUGUCGGAGUACGUAGAGAAGAUCUCAGACUUCUUGGUUGGAAUGGUGGUGUUUCUUGGGAUCAGCUUGGUCAUGACACCACCAGCGGUCUCGAUACCGAGAGAGAGUGGAGCAACGUCCAACAGCAACAGGUCCUGGGUCUUGGAGGAAGUGUCACCGGUCAAGAUAGCAGCCUGCACAGCAGCACCGUAGGCAACAGCCUCAUCUGGGUUGAUGGACUUGUUUGGCUCCUUGCCGUUGAAGAAGUCAGAAACGAGCUUUUGGACCUUUGGAAUUCUGGUGGAACCACCAACAAGCACAAUCUCGUUGACUUGAGACUUGUCAAGCUUGGCAUCCUUCAGCACCUUCUCGACAGGGUCCAAGGUAGAUCUGAACAGGUCCUGACAGAGCUCUUCGAAUCUGGCUCUGGUGAUCGAGGUGUAGAAGUCAAUACCCUCGUACAGCGAGUCGAUCUCCAGAGACGUCUGAGCGGAAGAGGAAAGAGUUCUCUUGGCCCUCUCACAGGCGGUUCUGAGUCUUCUCAAAGCUCUCUGGUUGCCAGAAAUGUCCUUCUUGUUCUUUCUCUUGAAUUCGUUGAUGAAGUGAUUCACCAGUCUGUUGUCGAAGUCUUCACCUCCCAAGUGGGUAUCACCGGCAGUAGCCUUGACCUCGAAAAUACCGUCCUCAAUGGACAGAAGCGAAACAUCGAAGGUUCCUCCACCAAGAUCGAAAAUCAAAACGUUCUGUUCACCCUGGCUCUUCUUGUCCAGACCGUAGGCAAUAGCGGCAGCAGUAGGCUCGUUAAUGAUUCUCAUGACAUUAAGACCAGCAAUCAAACCGGCAUCCUUGGUGGCUUGUCUUUGGGAAUCGUUGAAGUAAGCUGGAACAGUAAUAACAGCGUCCUUAACGGUGGUUCCGAGGAAAGACUCGGCGGUCUCCUUCAUCUUGGUCAACACCAUAGACGAGAUUUCUUCUGGAGUAAACACCUUGGUCUCACCCUUGAAUUCGACCUGGAUCUGUGGCUUGCCGCUCUUGUCGACAACCUUGAAUGGGAAGUGCUUGAUAUCACCCUGAACCUCUGGGUCGUCAAACUUUCUGCCGAUCAGUCUCUUGGCGUCGAACACAGUGUUGGCUGGGUUCAUGGCAGCCUGGUUCUUAGCGGCGUCACCGAUCAAUCUCUCAGUGUCGGUGAAGGCAACGAACGAUGGAGUAGUUCUGUUACCUUGGUCAUUGGCGAUAAUCUCGACUCUGUCGUUGGCAAAGUGCGCAACACACGAAUAGGUAGUACCUAAGUCAAUACCGACUGCUUUAGACAUAUUAAUUUCUAUAAUUCUAUUCUAAGAAAUGGUAGAAAACAAUUCUAUGAAAAGAUUUGGCCAGUUGGACCACAAUGCAUAUAUAUAGUAUUGCCAUUGAUCGUACUAGAACGACCUACAGCUUCAAAAAAUUGAUUUCGACGAGUUUUUCACUUGUUGCACGACUUAAAUCCUUCUAGAAAUUUCCAUCCCGACUCAACUCGCCAUAUCUGGCUCAAUUGGAUUCUGAAUAAGCCCUGGUUAUCGAUCACGCAAUCUCCGAGCUUAAACAGGACGCAUCCUACAGCUCAGAUCUGCCUCGUGCAACCAAGGGCAUUUGCUGACCUAAACAAUUAGGUAAGCGUAUCAGCGCCGUUCUUUACUUACUCGCCCCCACGAUGCCGCCUUCCUCGAGAGACGCAGUUCGGGUGACUGCCAGUGCCCACAUGAAGCAUUGGCUUGAGCCAGUGCUUUGUGAGGAGGAACUUGGCCACAACUACAAGGUUGACAAAGUUCUAAAAGUGCUGCGAAUAUAUCCCAGAUCAAACACCUUGUCCUCGCUUCCUCUAUGCUUGUGCGAUGCAAAUUACAAGAUUCUCGCCUUUGCGAACUAUAAAGCUAUUGCAGCUUUUGAGCGCAAGGAGCGGCGCAGGGUCACGCAAAAUUUGUUGAACUCGGAGAUUAUGAUCCACUCAUUUACAGUAAGGUUUUACAAUGAUGAUCAAGUACAAAGGAUUUUCGAUGGAUUAAAGUUCAAGCCAACGGCUAGCUUGUUUCCUGGCUAUCUAAUUCUAGAGAUUAAUGACUUUUCGAUGUUCAAUCGAGACCAGCUGAUCUUGAGCAAUGCAGGAACAAUUGAAUUUCUAUAUGGUACUCCAAGAUACAUAUCUCGGUUUAUAGAGCAGGAAUUAAGCGAUGAAGAAUAA